CUCUUUUCAAUUGCAUUAUUGUCCUUUUAGUUCUCAUUCUCGGAUUUUGACCCCUCUCCAUCUCCCUCUCUCUCGCUAGUCUUCAGCUGCGCCUCCGAUGUCUCUCCAGUCUUGCCUACGUCGCCGUCUCGUCUCCUUUCUCCCUCGAUCUCGCAGGUCGCGCCCUUGCCUUGCUUGAUCGGCCUUCAAUCAACCCACUAGCUAGAUCCUGUCUCAAGUCUCGUUUGCAACGUGUGAUGGCUCUAGCCACUAACACCUCAGGAAUGGAGUUUGAGGUAUUCCUGAGUUUCAGGGGACCAGAUACUCGAGAUAACUUUACUAGUUGCCUCUAUUAUGACAUGGUGGAGAAAGGAAUCCGUGUCUUCAAAGAUGAUAAAGAGCUCUCGGUCAGUCAAAAGAUUGAGGGAGGGCUUUUGAAAGCCCUUAACGACUCUCAAAUCUAUAUCCCCAUCUUCUCCAAGGGCUUCGCUUCCAGUCCAUGGUGUCUUCGUGAGGUUGCGCAUAUGGUAGAUUGCACUUCAAAAUCAGAUGGAAAAAAGGAGAUCCUCCCUAUCUUCUUUGACGUGGAGAUAGAUGAUGUAAAACUUAAAACCAAAUUGUACAGAGCUGCCCUCUCCGAGCAUGAGAAGAAGUACGACUCACGUGAAGUAAAACGCUGGGAAGAUGCUCUCGUUGAGGUUCCGACAAGAGUAGGUUGGAAGCUUGAAGGAAAAGGGUAUGGUGAACUUAUAAAACUAAUUGUUCGAGAGGUUCUGCUUAAGCUGAAGGGGAAGAAUAGAACUCUUCCUGACCAUCUAGUUGAAAUGAAUGAUCUAGAAUAUAUAGAGGAACUGCUGGAUAUUAACUCUGAUGACCAUGUGCGUUUCAUUAUAAUCCAUGGGACGGGUGGUAUUGGCAAAUCAACUCUUGCUAGUGUUAUCUUCAACCGACUCCGGUCUAAAUUUGAUUAUUGUAGUUUCCUUGAAGAUGUCCAAAGUCAUCGUCUUUUAGACAUGCAAAAGAAACUACUGUCCGAAACAUUGGGCUCGAACUCUACUCAAGAAAUGUAUGACACCAACGACGGCAUUGAUCGCAUAACAAGAGGACUUGGCAAAGCAAAAGUUCUAGUUGUUGUCGACAAUGUAGACGAGAAGAAGCAACUUGAGAACUUGGUAGGAAGCUAUGAUUGGUUUGGGAGUGGAAGUAGGAUCAUUGUCACACUUAGGGACAUAAGGAUAAUACGAAAUAAAGACAACCAAAGGCAACCUAGCUAUUACAUGGAUUACUCAGUAAAGGAGAUGCCCUUUGAUUUAGCGAUUCAGCUUUUUAGUAAGCAUGCUUUUAGAAGUGAUACUCCUCCAGAAGAUUGCUACAAAUUCUCAGAAAAAGUCGUUUCAAGCGUAGGAAGGCUUCCUUUGACUUUGGAAGUCGUAGGUUCCCUUUUCGCCUCCAUAACGUUCGACAAACAUUGA